GUGUGCCUGCAUGCUUUCUUCUGUUCAAUCAAAGAUCUGGGGAGCAAAGGGACUCACCUGCUCUCACUGUAAGCCUGAACCUCAAGAGUGUUGGAAUCUCCAGAAACCGUAUUGAUCUCUUUCAAGGCUGGUUUGGAGUGGAUCUGCGUGAGACGUCUAUCAGGCCCAUUCUACUGCUCUGUAAAUCCCCCCUCUCCUGCCUCAGCCCCUGGGCCAUGGUACAUCAGCGUGUAGCAGCUACAGUAUGAGUGUAACUCCAUCCACCACCCUGGACAGCCAGCUGACCUCUACCUGGGGGCCAACCAACUCCUACCCUGAUGUUCCCAUCGUGAUGUCGGGUUACACAAAUCGCAUGUGGCCCCGUGACUCCACGCCUCAGUUCUGGACUAAGUACCAGGUGUGGGAGUGGCUGCAGCAGGUCAUGGACAUGCACCAGAUUGACGCCUCCACCUUCCCCUUCCAAAGCUUCGAUAUGGACGGCCAUCAGCUCUGCAGCCUGAGCUACCAGGACUUCAUCCGUGCUGCUGGCAGCGUGGGACCCAUUCUCUUCCACAACAUCACAGAGCUCAAGUGGGGCGGCCAGUACCAUGUGGAUAUAGGGCAGCUGGAGCUCAAACCAGAAUUAGACUUCUCGUGUCCAUUUCCAGAUGUCAGCUACCCACCCGGAGAAAUCUACGAUCCCUCGAUUCACCCCCUCGCACCUGUCGCGUCUCCAACCCCGUCUAGCCCUGACAUCAAAAGGUCGUUCAGUCGUCCUCACCAGGUCAAAAAGCACAACCCGAGGGGGACCCACUUGUGGGAGUUCAUCAGGGACAUUCUGCUGAACCCGGAGCGAAACCCAGGCCUGAUCAAGUGGGAGGAUCGGACGGAGGGGGUGUUCCGCUUCCUCAAGUCGGAGGCGGUGGCGCAGUUAUGGGGCAAGAAGAAGAAUAACAGCAGCAUGACCUAUGAGAAACUAAGCCGUGCAAUGAGAUAUUACUACAAAAGAGAAAUCCUAGAGCGAGUAGACGGACGCAGACUCGUUUACAAGUUUGGAAGGAACGCGCGAGGAUGGAGGGAGUCCGAGAAGUGACAGUUUCACUAAUUUAUCUUUCCUCUGAUGCUGGACGCAAAUGUGAUGUUUCACUGUGCUUUUCACUGACUGUUUUUGAUAAAGAUUGGUUUGAACUGUUUACAAAUUGUUGAUGUAUGUCAUGCCUCAUUGUUUUUUCCCCACUUUUAAAUUCCCCCCUUUGUUGUGACACUGCACUGAGAUUUCCUCACUGCGCCUUAUUAAAAACGUGCUUAUUAGGCCAGCCUGAGAGCAGUCAAACCCGUGUUUACAUAAGAACCCUGCUGCAGAUAAGAAAAUCAAACACUGCCAGCCAACAUAAAACAUUGUGAAUCCUGCUGUUCUAUUUUUUUUUUUUUUUUUCCCAAAGGAGCACAUGUUGCAAGCAUCCGAAACACGUGUGGCAAGCCGAUACGUAUGUAUGUUGAGUGUUUUGGCAUUUAUACUGUGAAGCGUCCUUUGGGAAGGAUGCUCGACCACUGCAGAGAAACUACACGAAACGAUGAAAAAAAGCCUUCCAUGAGCACGAUGAUGUGCCAGAACGCAUAAAUGAGUGGUAAACUGUCUGCAUGUUUACUCUGAGCUGGAAAGAAAGUGUGAAAAUGUUGAUGUUUGAUACAAAUAAAGCUUGUCA